GUCAGAGAACACAUACAAGAAAGCAAAGCAUUAGGGUUUUGCUUCUCAGAAGAAAAGGAAAUCAAAGGUGUUGAGAUUUGAGAAGUGAUUUUCAGAUGCUCAAAAAAAAUGUCUGAGUAUUUACCGCAAGAAGUAUUGAUUGAAAUUUUUCUAAGAUUACCAACAAAAUCCCUCAUUCAGUGCACAAGCGUCUGCAAAUCAUGGUAUUCUCUCAUUACUAGCCCUAAUUUUAUCUCCAUACACCUUAACAACAACAACAAAGAUGAUGAUUACUCGCUAGUACGCCAUUGCUCCGAAGAACCUGUAAAAGAAAUGUAUGCUUUAUUCUAUGACAAUGAAAAUUUUGAUCAGUAUGUUCAAUUUGAUGUGCCAUUUGAUGCGUUUGAAAGUCAGUUUAAUAUUAUAGGUAGUUGUAAUGGACUUUUAUGCCUUUCUGACGAUCUGUCUCGAUAUUGGGAUGUUUAUUAUCUUUGGAAUCCAUCUAUAAGAAAGUCAGUAAAACUUCCCAAAUCAAUUUUUACGUUUGAGACACAUGGUCCCUUUCAACAUACUCUUGGGUUUGGAUAUGAUUCUGUUCGUAAUGACUAUAAGGUGGUAAGAAUAGUACACACUGAUGAUUAUAUGGGUGGUUUACUAGUACCACCACAUGUUGAGGUUUAUAAGUUGAGCACUGGUGUUUGGCAAGAUAUUACUCAUGUUGCUCCAUGUUUUAAAUUCUAUGAGCGGAUACCGGGAGUCUAUGUGAAUGGGGCUUGCCAUUGGGUUGCUGCUAAAUUGAAACAAGGAGUGUCUUGUCAUAUCAUGAUUGUUCUGUUUGAUAUGAAGGACGAGACGUUCAGGGAGAUGAUGGUACCGGGUAGUUUAGUUGUGAGUUUUUCGUUUAGUGCGAAUUGGUUCAACCUUUUUGUGUCAGAGGAGUCACUUUGUUUGGCUAAUCGUUUGUUUGAUGAUGAUGGAACAAUUGAUAUUUGGAGGAUGAAAGAGUAUGGUCAUCCAGAAUCAUGGGUGAAACAAUUCAGUAUCAAUAGCCACAUUACGUUCAAUGUUGGUAUUGUUGAUGAAAUUUUCUCGUUGUUAAAUGGUGGUCAUCAGCGUCAGGUUGCUCAUUUCUUGGUGAAGCCAAUAGCUUCAAGGGAAAAUGGUCAAAUGUUGUGGAGAGCGAACAAUGGAUUGUUGGUUUCAUAUGAUACUGCCGUUGAAAAAAUUGAGAAUCUUGGCAUUUGCAAUGCUAACUUCUUGCCGUAUCGCGAUGCACUUUAUGUUAAUACUUACAAAGUGAGCCUUAUUUUACUUGAUAAACGGACAGACUAUUUAUCUGGAAACACCAGUAGCUGUGAAGAGUCCAUCUAAUUUAUGCAAGAGGAAGCCUAAAGUUUAGAGGAAAGUUCUUAAAUGAAUAGUGCGAUUUCUAUCUCCCUUGCGUAUUAGUGGAUUUUUGAACAUGUCAAUUUCUUGCAUCAUGACAUUGUUUUGCAGGUUUUAGGCUGACAUGGGAACGUCAAAGUUUCUCAAAGGAUUCAGGAGUGCAUGAAAUUCUUUAAGCUCUUGGGUAUCAGAACUCUUUCAUUAAAUAGAGGCUGAAAAUCUAAUGUCUUGACUACUACUAGGUAGAUAGAUAUGUUUGGGAUUAUUACACUUUCAAACCUUGUAUUGUUCUUGCAACCAUCUGAUGAUUACUAACUAAGCGAUCCAAAAAAAAAAACUCUCUUCUGAUUACUAUUAAAUUUUCUCGUCAAAUCUCUAUGUUGUUGGAUGCUUAGUAGUUAUAACCACUUUUAUGAAUAUAAUUUUGUUUCCUUGA